ACACUAUCAGCCUAAGCUGAAUGUUUCAAUAUGUGAAUGACUAAAAUAUCACCAAGUAGCCUAUGAAGAAGUAAUUUGAUUCAAAAACUCAUGGAAUAAACUAUGAACAGGAAACACACACACACACACACACACACAUACACACACACAAAAACUUGUUAAAUAUAUAUACAGAUCAGAAAUGUUCAGUUUGAUAACACAGGUGUGUUUUUCUCACCUGCAGCCCCUCAGAAGAACAAACCCUGGAUGUCUGACCUCGUCCCCACAACGGACUCCUUCCGGCAGAAGCUCAAGAAUUUAUGGAGUGACAGAGGAGUCUUGUGGAAAUCGCGUGGCUCUGUUGAUCACGAACAGAAACUUUGCUGUUGCCAAACUAACCAGAAAAGGAGCCGAGAAAGACGAGGAGAACAUGUUAAAACUGCUCCAGUCUUUGAAAUACGACGUGGUGAAACACAAUGACCUGACUGGGAAGGAGAUUGAUGAUGCUCUCUCUGCUUUCUCCAAACACCCCAAACUGAAAAACACCGACAGCGUGUUCGUGGUGAUCAUGUCUCAUGGGAAGCUGGGAUUUGUUCUUGGUGUCAAACACAGAGAAGAAGAACCGGAUCAGUUCCCUGUUGACAACAUCUACAAGUACCUGGGAUCAAAGAACUGUCCCGCACUGAUGGACAAACCCAAGAUCAUCAUCAUCCAGGCCKGCAGAGGAGAAUCUGGUGGCUCUACGCUCGUUAGCGACUGCGCCAACGUGGUCUCUGAUGACAUCUCACAGCUGGUUCUCGACGACAACAUUGUAGAUGAUGCUCUUCGAUGCGUUCACAAGAAAAAGGACUUUAUUUCCCUGCUGUCCAGCACUCCUGACACGGUUUCAUACAGACAAGAAGAUCGGGGGUCUUUCCUGAUUCAGUACAUUGUUGAAGUGUUCAACACCUGCUCCCACGAGGACGACAUCGAUGAGCUUUUCAGAAAAGUCAUGCAGCGCUUUGAGGAGUUUCCCUCUGAGACUAAAAGACAAAUGCCAACCAAAGACAGAUGCACUCUGACCAGACGCUUCUACCUGUUCCCAGGACUGUGAGACACCGAGACAGCACAGCAACAAUAAAUCUGCUUUACUUUAUGAGAAGCUAUCGUUUAAAAAUAUAUAUUUAUGUCAUUAAAUGUGAUUAAUAAUUGCUCAGGUGAUGUUCAAGAUUUGGCUUUAGCAGAUCAAUUAGACAAAAAUGGAACAAAAAUAUUUGAACACAGACAAGAUUUUAAUAGAUUCGUAGCUGCAAUCAAUAUAAUCUUUUAUUCCGAAAACGCCAGUUUUCUUCUCAUUUGGAGACUUUAAGUCAACAGCAUUUGUUUUUAAAAUACCAUUUUGUAAAGCUAGACUUUAAAAACUAUCAAAAUGAGUUAAAAAUAAAGAAAAAGGCUCAGUCUGUCUCAUUCAUUUGACAGUUUUACUGUAACCGACUCUGACCCUGCCACGUCGAACAAAAAGUAGAAGUCGGUGCAACCAGACCAUACCCGAGCAGCCCGAGCAUGCGUUACGUCAUCAUUUCAACAUGGCUGCCGUGCCCAUGAAACUCUUUACUUUUAUGACUUUUUUUUAGCAGUUCUGUGUUGUUCGUUUUACAUUAUGUCAGACAUACUUGUAGUGCUUUAUAGUGAUUAUCAAAACAUAUGUUUUGUUCCGAUACAACUGGAACGCAGCAUUUGCAAAUAUACUAGAAAGAAAGGAGAAAGAGACAGGUGGAGCAGAGAAACUUAGAGGGGAAAAGUAAAACGUUUGUGGGAGUUGCAGCGAAAUGAGUUAAAUAAACAGAUAUUUUGUGUGAUGGAGGGGCCGAGGUCAGCAGAGACACACAGACCCAACAGCACCAGGUUAGCUGCUCGGUCUACACGCACCAUCAUCCCAGACUUUAUAUGUUUGUUUUCUGAAUGUGUUCAGAGCUCACAGAACAUUAAACACAACAUAUCAGGAAUGUUUCACCAUUCCUGCAGAAAUCUUUAAUCUCCUUAAAUAACAAAUUAAAAUCAGUCCAUACUGA